AUGGCAGAAGAGGAGGACAGCCGUACAUCUACUCCGCGGUCUUUCGCCGGCCAAAGCGUUUCCGCGGAGGAGAUGCUCAAGGAGCAAACUGUUGGUCUCGUUCAUCUUUCCGACUUUCGCAAGCGCCGCGCCGAGGUACUCGAACAAAAAGAGCGCGAAGCGCAUGACAAGUCGCUUGGUCGACUGGCAUCUGGUAAUUCAAGAAGCGCAACCCCUUCCACAGGUGAAGUGACUGACGGGUCCACGCCGCCUGGGAGUGAUGCUCCUCCUAAAAAGAAGAAAAAGAAGCCAUUCGCAAAGAGCAAGCUUUCAUUCGGCGAUGACCAGGACGACACCGGGAUGGAAUCCGCCACAACGCCGCGCGAUUCGAGCGUAUCACGAUCUGGUUCGAAGACCCCCGCAGAGGAUGGCGCAGCUCGACGCAUGAAAGCAAAUCCAAACGCCCCUCCUCCCCCCAAGGCGUUGACGAAGGCAUCAAUGGAGGCUGAGGCGCAAGCUCGCGACACUCUCCGGAAGGAGUUCUUGGCCAUGCAGGAAGCUGUGAAGAAUACAGAGAUCCUGAUCCCAUUUGUGUUCUAUGAUGGGACCAGUAUACCCGCUGGUUCAGUUAAGGUCAAGAAGGGCGACCACGUCUGGUUAUUCUUGGAUCGGUGUCGCAAGGUCGGUGCGGAAAUGGGUGUUCGCGGUGGGAGCAACGCAUCUCAGGCCAAGAAGGACACUCGGAGGGAGUGGGCGCGUGUCAGUGUUGAUGACCUGAUGCUUGUUAAAGGUGAUAUUAUUGUCCCGCAUCAUUACGAAUUCUACCAUUUCAUCGCCAACAAAGUCCCCAGCUUCUCCCGUGCUGGGGGUCUGCUCUUUGACUAUUCCAACCAGCCUUCCCCAGAGACUCCUAUUGGUGGCCUCCAGUCGGUUGGUGACAAUCAACUAGAGGGCGCAGACAAGGACUUUUCGGAGACUAAGGUAGUAGAUCGACGGUGGUUCGAGAAGAACAAGCACAUAUACCCCGCCAGUCUAUGGCACGAGUAUGAACCUGGCAAAGAGUUUGAAGAGAAGAUGGCUUCAACGCGACGAGAUGCACAGGGGAAUACAUUCUUUUUCUAG